AUGAGCCAGCCAGACCCCGCCUGUCACCCUGAUCCCAGCCCUGCUCCCCCGUGUGUGGUAUGUGGCCAAGCCCACUCCCCCGAGGAGAACCACUUCUACACCUACACGGAAGAUGUGGAUGAUGACCUCAUAUGCCACAUCUGUCUGCAAGCUUUGCUGGAGCCUCUGGACACUCCCUGUGGACAUACGUAUUGCACCCUGUGCCUUACCAACUUCCUGGUGGAGAAGGACUUCUGCCCCGUGGACCGCAAGCCGGUGGUGCUGCAGCAUUGCAAGAGGUCCAGCAUUCUGGUCAACAAGCUCCUCGACAAGCUGCUGGUGACCUGCCCGUUCUCGGACUACUGCACCGAGGUCCUGCAGCGCUGUGAUUUGGAGCAGCACUUUCAGACAAGCUGUAAAGGUGCUUCCCACUAUGGCCUCACCAAAGACAAGAAGAGGCGCUCUCAAGAUGGCUGCCCAGACGGCUGUGUGAGCCUCACAGCAACAGCAUUCUCCCCGGAGGUCUCUGCAGCUGCCACUGUCUCCUUGGUGACAAAUGAGCCUGGCCUAGACAACCCUGCCUACGUGUCCACAGCGGAGGAUGGUCAGCCAGCAGACAGCCCUUUGGACUCUGGCCGGAGCAACCGAACUAGGGCACGGCCCUUUGAGCGAUCCACUAUCAGAAGCAGAUCUUUUAAAAAAAUAAACCGAGCUUUGAGUGUUCUUCGAAGGACAAAGAGUGGGAGUACAGUUGCCAACCAAGCUGACCAGGGCAGAGAAAAUUCUGAAGACACCACUGCCCCUGAAGUCUUUCCAAGGUUGUAUCACCUGAUUCCAGAUGGUGAAAUUACAAGCGUCAAGAUCAAUCGAGUGGAUCCCAAUGAAAGCCUCUCCAUUAGGCUUGUGGGAGGCAGCGAAACCCCGCUGGUCCACAUCAUUAUCCAGCACAUUUACCGGGACGGGGUGAUUGCCAGGGAUGGCCGGCUCCUGCCAGGAGACAUCAUCCUGAAGGUCAACGGAAUGGACAUCAGCAACGUGCCUCACAACUAUGCCCUGUGCCUCCUGCGGCAGCCAUGCCAGGUGCUGCGGCUCACUGUGCUGCGUGAGCAGAAGUUCCAAAGCAGGAACAGCGGACAGGCGCCGGACGCCUAUGGGCCCCGCGAUGACCAUUUUCAUGUGAUUCUCAACAAAAGCAGCCCUGAGGAGCAGCUUGGAAUAAAACUGGUGCGCAGGGUGGAUGAGCCUGGGGUAUUCAUCUUCAACUUGUUGAAUGGUGGUGUGGCAGACCGACAUGGUCAGCUGGAGGAGAAUGAUCGCGUGUUAGCCAUCAAUGGGCACGACCUUCGGUAUGGCAGCCCCGAAAGCGCAGCUCAUCUGAUUCAGGCCAGUGAAAGGCAUGUUCACCUCGUCGUGUCCCGCCAGGUUCGGCUGCAGACUCCUGACAUCUUUCAGGAUGCUGGCUGGAACAGCAACAGCAGCCGGUCCCCAGGGCCAGGGGGCAGGAGCAGCACUCCCAAGCCCCUCCAUUCUGUGGUCACUUGCCGUGAGAAGGUGGUAAGUGUCCAAAAAGACCCCAGUGAAUCUCUCGGCAUGACCGUUGCUGGCGGAGCAUCACAUAGGGAAUGGGAUUUGCCUAUCUACGUCAUCAGUGUUGAGCCCGGAGGAGUCAUAAGCAGAGAUGGAAGAAUAAAAACAGGUGACAUCUUAUUAAAUGUGAAUGGGAUUGAACUAACAGAAGUCAGCCGGAGUGAGGCAGUUGCAUUAUUGAAAAGUACAUCCUCCUUGGUGGUUCUUAAAGCUUUGGAAGUCAAAGAACGUGAGCCCCAGGAAGCUCCAGGCAGCGCAGCAGCCCUGGACUCCAACCACAACAUGGCCCCAGCCGGAGACUGGUCCCCCUCCUGGACCAUGUGGCUGGAAUUACCACGAUACCUGUAUAACUGUAAAGAUGUUAUAUUACGAAGAAACACAGCCGGAAGUCUGGGCUUCUGCAUUGUAGGAGGUUACGAAGAAUAUAAUGGGAACAAACCUUUUUUUAUUAAGUCCAUUGUUGAAGGAACACCAGCGUACAAUGAUGGAAGAAUUAGAUGUGGUGAUAUUCUUCUGGCUGUCAAUGGUAGAAGUACAGCAGGAAUGAUACAUGCUUGCUUGGCAAGGAUGCUGAAAGAACUUAAAGGAAAGAUUACUCUCACUAUUGUUUCUUGGCCUGGCACUUUUUUAUAGAAUCAAUGAUGGGUCAUAGGAAAACAGAAAACUACAGAUAAGCUAUGUUGAAACAAUGUAUUUAUCUUGUCAAUUUUAUUUUAUUUAAAGGAUACACUGUAAAAAUGUAAACUGUCAGGAAAAGUAUGAUCUAAUGAAAGCCAGUUAUGCCUCAGAAAAUGUAAUUCUCGAAACAUAAAUCCUAUUAGUUUUUAUUCAGGGCGGAGGAUUUCUCAUUACAACUUUAAGUUUAUAUUUUUCUAUUCACUAAAAAGCUCUUAAACGGCUGAGAUCAUUUGUAUACCCCCACUGACUUCAAAUCCUACAAUUAAAAAUUUGGUAUAUGCUGAGGUCUGUAAAGGGUAUAUUAUGGGCAUUUAAAAAAAAACAAUUUACAGCCAGAGGAUCUUAAAAGUGCCCUGCUGGAAAAUGUUCAUCAAAUGAGAAAUAUUUUUCAAAUUAUAGUUGUCUUUUAGUAUGUGACAUUAAAUUCAUUUCUA